AUGAAUUUUGAAUUAUGUGAUGACUGUGGAAUACGACUCCGUGCACGUUCAGCUGCUGCUAAUCGAAAUGCUCAAAAUUCGAAGUCAGCAUCUUGGCUCUUACCCUGUUUACAUGCAUUUUGUAGUGCAUGUGAUGCCCAAAAAAGUCGAUUGAUAUGUCCGAAAUGUCACAUAGAAUGCUGUGACAAGCACAUUCUUGCACUGCCAACACCGAAUGAUAGCCUCAAUAGAGUAUGCGAAACUGCGGCAUGUCCAGAUAAGCAAACGGCAACAAUGAAAUGCGUGCAAUGCAAUGAACUUCUAUGUGAGGCUUGUGGUCAAGCACAUCGACGAGUUACAGCAACGUCAUCGCAUACAUUACAACAGAUUGGAAGUGGCUGUUUAGAUCUUACGUUGUGUAGACAUCAUAAUGGGAGGAAGUUAACGGUUUACUGUAGCUGUGGUGCUCUGUUAUGCGAUGAGUGUUUAUCAAUACCGCAAUGUCAUGAUGGUGAAAUGCAUACUAAAACGCCAGUUCAAAAGUUAGCAUCGAUCUCACGUAUCGAUGAAAAUCAGGUCUUUUCAUCAGCAUUGCGUGAAAAAGCAAAUAUUGAUUACAGUUUGUCGUUGAUUCAAGUCCGUAGGAAUGCGUUGGAUGAGUCGGUUCACAAUUUAAGGAAAGAAUUAGGCAAUCAAGUUGUUCAGAUAUGUCAAUCGGUGAUGCGACGUGGUAACGAUUUGUUACGUGCGCUGGACACAGUGACGCGUUGUAAAACAAUGGAAUAUGAUAAAUUGCAAGAACAACUUUCACGACAGAAAUUGCGCUUGGAAAGGGGUGCUGUAAAUGGACUUCAACGAGCACCACAAGUGGAACUGAAAUCGAGCCCAGAAAGUGUUGUGAAUGCAUUGAAUCAGUGGGGUUGUGUUCUGUCGGAUUUACGUGAAAGUGGAGUAUUGAAAGCGGUCGAAGUACCACCAACACCAUCAACAUCAAAUUUAUUGGAUGUGCCAAUGUUUCGAAUCAACAAUUCGAGCAACAGUGUAACACCAAUGUCCUUCUUAUCACAAUCUCAACAAAAAUCAGUUAUUGAUAAGCAGUCUUCAUGCAGACACUCACCUUCAGUGCAGCUACCAACAACAUCCGCUAACAUCCUUAAUUCACCAGCAACAUCUUCAUUGAAUAGCAGCAAUAUAUCAACUGAUCAUAUUCGAAUGCCAACCGCUUUCCCAUUGACGCAUCCUCAGCACAUGCAUUUUAUUCAACAACACCGAUUUAAACUUGCACAAGAGGUGCUAUCUUAUAUAUUUUACGUUUCAACAGUUGUGGCGCCGUCUGGUGAAACAAGGUAUUUAUCAGCACGUAUCGGCCCUUGUCCGUUCACACUUGAUAGUGGAAUGGCAAGAUCACCGUUGAGUAAUCCGCCUCAGGUGAUGCUACCGACUCGUUUAUCGCAUUACCAGCAACAACCUCGCCAUCUGAACGCCAUUCAACAACAACCUCAUUCAGUCAUCAGCCGUCAGUCAACUCAAAACGAUUCUAUGCUACAACUCAGUACGGUCGAUUCAACAAAUCCAGUUAUAACACCCAUUCCAGCAAGUAUUUUGAUGGAGGAAUUCGACUUGAAUCAAUUCAUCUCAUCACCGAAUAAAAUGCUUGACGUGCAGCGGUCAAAUGAACUGCAGCCGUCUACAUCUUUGCAAGGUGGCCAUGGUCAACAUUCUCUUCGUACAACUGUCGGAGAUAAUCAACGCGAUACUACUAUUGGUGAUCAAAAUGCUCAUGGCAGUAAUAACAACAAUAAUAGUAAUGAGGAUAACAAUAACGGCGUUGCAAGUAACAGUUCGCCACCACCCAAAGAUCCAGCGCCGUUGAAGAAUGCCGCAUUGAAAGUGAAAAUAAGGUUUAGCAACGCAACGACAAUAACAACCACAACAACACCAUCAACAGCCACUUUAAUCAAUGAUCCUGAACACGUCUCGCAUAAAUCUGCGAUAGAAGUUGCUUGUUCGUCGAGUGAAGAUGCGUCCAAGAAUGAAACACGAGUAGUAGACGAGGCAUCGAAGUGGGAUGAUUAUUGUUACGUUUGUCAACAGGGUUGUGAUGAGAGGAGUGGAUCGCUUGGCUGUUGUGCAAAAUGCCCCCGUGUUUACCAUAACUACUGCCACAUACCUCCCAUCAAACAACCGAUGGAAUCACUUCCUGAUGAAUGGGCAUGUUCAUCGUGUAUGACAGCUGCACCAUUGAUUGAAAAUAGUGGCGUUAUGGGAAGUCGAGAAAGAUUGCUUUGUUCAAAAGUUUUAUUGAAAUGUUACGAGAAUUUUCUGCAAGCCGAACCAUUCAGUCGCGCAGUGCCAAAGACAGUACCGAAUUAUUAUGUGAUAAUAAAGCAGCCAAUGGAUUUUGCUACGAUAGCACGCCGUUUGAGGGAGAAGUCGAAAGAUGCAUUCACGAACGUUCAUCAGUUCAUUCACUCGAUGAACUUGGUUUUCGAGAACUGUUCAACAUUCAAUCCGCCGGAUAAUGAGGUGGCUGAAGCUGGUCGAAAUGUUUAUAAUUUGUAUAUAAAAGCUGUAAAAGAAUUUCUUCCUUGUAUGAAAGGCAACGUUUGGCUGUAUGUAAAUAAAUAUUCCGAGACACGAAACAAUAUGCUCAUACAAAAGGAUUACUCGAGUAAUUAUCAUCAUCAACCGCAAAGCCGUAAUCAUCUUGCUGAAACGUCUACGUGUGAACCAGUAAUGAAGAAGAUGAAAAAGGAUAUCAAAAAUGAAUGA